CAAGUUUUUGAAGUCGUUUAGUAUCAUAAACAUUUGUGAUGACUAAUAAAUUCUUGACUUCAAGGCACUGAUUGUGAAGCACUGCAAAAAGAACAAUAUAUUGUGCACCUUGAAAAACUAAGCGAUAUCAGUGGAGUUGUAGAAGCUCUUGUUGGGAUACGAAAAUAUAUAGUGUGGAUCGGUCUGUGUGGACUUGUAAUAAACAAGGAAGCUGUUCGGAAGUGUGGCCAACAUUCUCCUAUAGUGAUCUUUGAAGAGGACAGCAAAUUGACCACGCCCCCACCGAACAAACUACAGCCAUGUUCGAACAUCGGACAUAUCACUGCGUACCCUCUAGCAGCAGUUAACACCACCGACGGUGACGUUGAAAUCGUUAUCAACUACGGAACAACGCCUUGCUGUUAUAAGAAAACAAAUUUGACAUCUGCGAACGUGACACUUGUCAUGAGAAAAAAUGACUGUCAUGAACAAUCAUUCAAAGCUACAGUGACGGCAGGAAACAUUGAUAUGCUAAAAAAUUGUUUGCAGUCAAAUAAUCAUUUGGAACUUGAAGCUGAGACCUCAGCCCUUUGUGAUUGGAACAUAGAAUGGCGUCUCUCUGUAACAGAAUCUAGGGUUCCCUGCAAGAAUUACAGAAAUUACCAAGUCUUAUGUACAAUCGAACUCAAAAGGGAACUCGAUGGUAAAAGUGUAUCACCUUCCGUCCAUUACCAAGAAAGGCUUCAUCUAGCUAUAAAGUACUCUGGCGGACAUGUAACUCAUACGGCAUUAUCCAACGUGGCGAUUUGUGAUUCUAACGGGACAUGCCAGUUCACUAUAAACUCCUCCAAUGUCUGUAACAUAGGCGUGACGUAUAUAAAUCCGUGGAGUAAUUCCACACACUUGAAAAUUGAUGGCAAAAAUCUAUUUGUUGUCGAUUCGUGCAAACAUUCUCAUGUGAAAAUAAUAGUUCUGUCAAGUGCAGGUGGAGCGAUAGUCAUCAUCAUCAUCAUCAUCAUCCUAGUCAUAAUACGACUAAAAGCGAAACAAGCCAAUGAGGAAAACGGUGCUCCUUGUCGAUACGGUUCUAUAAAUGCCUCCGACAGUGUAGUUAUCAUGGGAAAUCAUAACAAAAUCGAAAUAAAUGAAGAACACGUGUACUCGGACGGUAUGCAAUCACCAACAGGUAUGCUAUUGAGAGUAUAGUACGUUUCAACAUACAUUAUAUUUAUUUUGACGUUAACGCCAUGCACCGUAGCUCAAUUCUGCAAGUGAUCAUCGCUUAGAAUGUCUUAUAAGUAUUGAAAGCUUGACCAUAGAAUAAUUUUUAAUUGCUUAUUACUUACCCGCACAAAAUUAAUUACUUACAGGCACAAAAUUAAUAAAUUAAAAUAUAAUUAAUACUUAUAAUUACAUAUUUUAAUUAAUACUUAUAGUAAUAAUUUAUAAUAAUAAAUUUAUAAUAAUUUAUGGAACAAAAUUAAAAAUAAUAAAAGUUGAUGUCACCUAAUGUAUCCAACUGUUUAGAAACCUAGCCACCGUCGCGAAUUUCUUGAGAACACUGAACAGGACUCCGAUAAAACCGGCUAACGUUUGCUACCUUAUAAGAGUAGCAAACGUCAGUUGAUGCAACUUGUGAUAGAAUAUAAAUUACUGUGACUCUUGAAGUAAGAAAAAUGCCUAAAACAUUGCAGAAAUAAAAUAUUUAGCGUCCAAUAUAUAUACC